CUGUGGGUGGAGAAACACAAACCUCAGAGGUCAGCGGACCUGAUCGGGAAUCCAGGCCUCAUCGGCACCAUCAGAGAGUGGCUGCAGAACUGGUACACACCUGCAUGGGAACUUUCAUGCCAAUUUACCUGUGCCACAUACCUGACAAAGAAAGCCAUUAUACUCAGUGGUCCCCCAGGCAUCGGCAAGACCUCCUCGGCGCUGAUCAUUGCCAGGGAACUGGGAUUUAUCCCGGUCGAGGUGAACGCCAGCGACACACGCAACAAAGCUGACAAGAGUGCCAAGGGAGGUAUGGCAGGCAAGCUGGCCAACAAUAUCAAGGAGCUGGCCAACAACCGCGCGCUCACUUCAGGCGCCCAGGGAGAGGAAAAGAAGCUGUGCCUGAUCAUGGACGAGGUGGAUGGCAUGUCAGCGGGUGACAGGGGCGGUGUCCCUGACCUCAUCCUCACCAUCAAGGCCGCCAAGCUGCCCAUCAUCUGCAUCUGCAAUGACAAGUACAACCAGAAGCUCAAGUCCCUGCGAAACCACUGCCUUGAGCUGGACUUCAGGAAGCCCACAUCGCAGCAGAUCUCAAAGCGGCUGAUACAGAUCUGCCAGAAGGAGGGUCUGCAGGUGAAUGAGAGCACGCUGGCCGCUUUGGUCGAGAGUUCCAACGCUGACAUUCGCCUCAUGCUAGGGCAGCUGCAGAUGAUCCGCUUGCGCAAACGCUCCCUCUCCUACGAUGAGGCCAAGAUGGGAGGUGGCAAAGACGCUGACAUGAGCCCCUUUGAGGCCGGCCGCAAGCUGCUAUCCCUGGAGUCCGAGAAGAUGUCGCUGAACGACAGGAUCGAUCUGGUCUUCCAGGAUGCAGACCUGGUGCCCCUCUUGGUGCAGUUGAAUUGUGGCUUAGAAUUGCAGAUGUGUUCAGCUCUCGAGUGCGUGCAGGUCCUGGCCAAGGCCGCGGAUGCUCUGUCGGCUGGGGACCUCGUGAAUCGCAAGGUGCGGCAGUACGGCAGCUGGGGGCUGAUGCCCUUUGCGGCCGCCAUCGGCAGCGUCUACCCUGCUACCUACAUGCGCGGCGGCCGCGAAACGUUCAGCUCCUACGAGAACAACUUCCCCAGGUUCACAGCAUGGCUGGGCAACAACUCGUCAACGGGCAAGCAACGGCGGCUGAUGGGCGAGCUACACACCCGCAUGACGAGCUCUGGGCAUGUGGCUUCAGAUCGCACAGGCUUGCGCACAGCAUACCUGCCCACGCUGCGCUAUGCACUGUCCAAGCCGCUGGCCUCUGAGGACAAGGAGGGCAUUCCCGUUGUUAUCAACACAAUGCAGGAGUACUGCAUCUCGCGGGAUGAGUUGGACUUUGUGAUGAGCGUCACGCACUUCAAGAGCAAGGCGGAGUGGAGCGAGGACCCGAUGAAGGGGGUGGAUACCAAGGUCAAGUCGGCCUUCACACGCACC